UGUGACGCUCCUUGUAGUGUAAGGCGAUCGUCUAACAUGUAGAGGCAAAACUUGUAAAAUGUUAUUUCAAUGUGAGUGACGUUGGAAUAAUAGAUUUGUUCAUAAAUUUUGCGUUAAUAAUAACUGUUAUGGAACAACAGCUUGUUUUGCGGGAAUUUGCGAGAAUACGACGGAUAUCUGGUUAGGUGCCCCUUGUGAUUGAAGGCGGCGUGUGGCAAAGUAUUUGAAACUUGACAGCCACGGGGAUUUGUGGCGCUAGAUCCCCGAGCACCAUCAAGUCCUGAUGCCCCGGGCCAGAUAUGGACCAGGUCACCUUCCGCAGUGACACUGUGCUCUCCGAAGUCCACCUGCUGAUGCCCAAUGCACGCCACCUCAUGGUGCGCCUCAAUGCUGCAGGACAGCCAGUUUUUGUUUCCCGGUUCAAGAUCCUCCAGUGUUCCGAGGGCUUUUGCAGCCUGGAUGGAGGAAAGGAGGGGGCGGGGGAGCAGCCUGAGACACAGACCCCCCCGAAAUCUCUCGUGGAUGAAGAUGGAGAUCUGGAUGUGGUCAGGAGGCCCAGGGAGAGUCUCACCCCGGAGCCAGACCUGAGAAUCCGUGACAGGGUGAAUCCCACCAUUCUCAGCAGGGGCGAAGCUACGGAGCAAGAGUGGGCAGAUGAGGAGGAAUAUUUCAGAGACGUGAUUAAAAUCGAACAUACAAUGGCCACACCGUUAGAAGAUGUAGGGAAGCAGGUGUGGCGCGGUGCCUUCUUGAUGGCCGACUUCAUCCUCUCUCAGCCGGAGCUAUUCAAGGGAUCCACGGCCCUCGAGCUCGGCGCUGGAAUGGGUUUAACCAGCCUGGCCAUGGCAACUGUUGCCAAGCGGGUCUACUGCACAGAUGUCGGCCGUGACCUUCUAGGCAUGUGUCAGAGGAACGUGGCUCUGAACAGGCAUCUUUGGGAGUCCGAAGGUGGUGAAGUCAAAGUGCGUGAGUUGGACUGGAUGGGAGACGAUUUCUCUUCAGAUGCAGCCUCCGAGUUUGGCUGGUCGGAGGAGGAGAUCGCGGACCUACACGACAGUACCACAGUGCUGAUAGCUGCUGAUUUGUGCUAUGAUGAGGAUCUCACGGACGGUUUGUUCCGGACACUGUAUAGAAUCACAAGCAACCUCCGCCAGCCCAGCGCCAUCUACCUGUCGAUUGAGAAACGGCUAAAUUUCACCAUCCGGCACCUGGACGUCUCAUGCGAAGCUUACGACCACUUCCGCCGCUGUCUGAGAGACCUGGGAGGUCUGACUGACGGCAAGAUGAGAUUCUCCGUGGAGUUGCUGGAGACGCGCUUCCCGCAGUUCUUCGAAUAUGAGCGCGUGGAGCAACUGGAGUUGUGGAAAGUAACCGCUUCAUUUGUUUCAUUAAAAAAAACGGUGAUUCCUGUCCCAUUGAAAGGGUCACUGAGUCCCAGCACUCAGUAGAUUAAUUGCAGUACAUAAAAUGUGAUCUCUGGCUUUUGCAUUUGUGAAUGAAACGCAGAUUCGGCCAUUUUCCAGUUGGUAGCUGAGAACUAGGUGUGACAUCCUGGUGAUGCUACUCUCUAUGCAAGUGAUGGCUUUGUUGAUAGAUAAAGCGUUUUAACACGUCUCCGAAGCCAGGCGCUGCGACCUCCGGAGGUACGAUCGGCAGCCGCUAUGCCCCAGAGGACUCGGAUGUAGCGGACGGACGUUGACGCCGGCAUACUAACACAAGUGCAUGCUAACCUCCGCAGCUUGCGUGGGUGAUUUUCCACUCAGACUUUUAAUGGAGUUUUUAUUUUUUGCAGUGUGUGUAAUCUAUAGAGUUUGUUUAACUAAUUAUGCAGUGGUUUUUCCGUUUAUGGAUUGCUUUUGUUUGACUUGUUUUAAGAGGUUUGUCAUAGUUAAAAAAGCAAGCGAAACCUAGUAACAUCAGCGGUAAACUGUUGCAAUUGUCGAUGCGUUUUGCAGUUUGUGUUUAUUUAACGAAGUGGCUUUGAUCGAGGUGACACGUUUUAUAAAGAAAUAACUUCAUAUUUAUUAAAGUGUACGAGAUUUGUGUGGAGGCUGGAUGUUUACCAUCAUUGGAAUUAUCAUUUGGUUGCAGAAAUGUAUAAAAUAUACAGUUUAGCUUUAGAUUAUUAAAUCAUCUGAACUUGUCCUGGUUA